GGCACAUAUUCACACCUCACAGCAACCCACUGCGUGGGCAACAAGUUACCAGGGGAUAUAUACCUUUCUUCACCCUAGCAGACCUAGACUCCUCAGCUUCUGUCACCCUAGACUGACUCCUUCCAUGAGAUUCGAAUAAGUGGCUGGUAUUUGCAUGAAGACAUGGGGGUGAAAAAACCUUGGAUCCAACUUCAGAAACGUCUCAACUGGUGGGUCAGAGAACAAGACUGGAACCAGCAUGUGGAUCAGCUUCAUAUGCUACAGCAGAAAAGUAUUUGGGAGUCACCACUGCUUAGAGCAGCCAAGGAAAAUGAUAUGUGCACACUUAAGAGACUUCAACAUGACCAGAACUGUGACUUCCGACAAAGAGGAGCUCUGGGGGAGACAGCACUGCAUGUAGCAGCCCUCUAUGACAACCUGGAUGCUGCUAUAAUGCUGAUGGAGACUGCUCCAUACUUGGUCACGGAGUCUACACUGUGUGAGCCAUUUGUAGGUCAGACUGCACUGCACAUCGCAAUUAUGAACCAGAAUGUGAACCUGGUCCGUGCCCUGCUAGCCCGAGGAGCCAGUGCCUCCGCCAGGGCUACAGGUUCUGCCUUCCAUCGAAGUUCCCACAACCUCAUCUACUAUGGAGAACAUCCUUUGUCCUUUGCUGCCUGUGUGGGUAGUGAGGAGAUUGUUAGACUGCUCAUUGAGCAUGGAGCUGACAUUCGGGCCCAGGACUCCUUGGGAAAUACAGUACUACACAUACUUGUCCUACAGCCCAACAAAACCUUUGCCUGCCAGAUGUACAACCUGCUACUCUCCCAUGAUGGGGGAGACCACCUGAAGUCCCUGGAACUUGUGCCCAACAACCAAGGACUCACCCCCUUCAAGCUGGCUGGGGUGGAAGGCAACACUGUGAUGUUUCAACACCUGAUGCAAAAACGGAAGCACAUCCAGUGGUCAUUAGGACCCCUAACAUCUUCCAUUUAUGAUCUCACAGAAAUUGACUCCUGGGGUGAGGACUUGUCCUUUCUGGAGCUUGUGGUUUCCUCCAAGAAGAAAGAGGCUCGUCAGAUUCUAGAACAAACCCCUGUGAAGGAGCUGGUGAGCCUGAAGUGGAAGAAAUAUGGACAACCCUAUUUCUGCCUCCUGGGUAUGCUGUACAUCUUCUACAUGAUCUGCUUCACCACAUGCUGUGUUUACCGCCCCCUCAAGUUCCGUGAUGCCAACCGUACACAUGUUAGAGAUAACACCGUCCUGGAACAGAAACCACUACAGGAAGCGUAUGUGACUUACCAGGAUAAGGUCCGGCUGGUGGGAGAACUCGUGACAGUCAUUGGGGCUGUGGUUAUUCUACUCAUAGAGAUCCCAGACAUCUUCAGAGUUGGUGCCUCUCGCUACUUUGGACACACAGUUCUUGGGGGUCCAUUCCAUGUCAUUAUCAUCACAUAUGCCUCCCUUGUGCUACUGAUUAUGGUGAUGAGGCUUACCAGUAUGAAUGGGGAGGUGGUCCCCAUAUCCAUGGCCUUGGUACUGGGCUGGUGUAGUGUCAUGUACUUCUCCCGAGGAUUCCAGAUGCUGGGCCCCUUCACAAUCAUGAUUCAGAAGAUGAUUUUUGGAGACCUACUGCGCUUCUGCUGGCUAAUGGCUAUGGUCAUCCUCGGAUUUGCCUCUGCCUUCUAUAUCAUCUUCCAGACAGAGGAUCCAGAGAGUCUGGGAGAAUUCUCCGACUACCCUACAGCAAUGUUCAGCACCUUUGAGCUCUUCCUUACCAUCAUUGACGGUCCGGCCAAUUACAGUGUGGAUCUACCCUUCAUGUACCACCUAACCUAUUUUGCUUUUGCCAUCAUCGCCACACUACUCAUGCUCAAUUUGUUCAUUGCCAUGAUGGGUGACACUCACUGGCGAGUGGCCCAGGAGAGGGACGAACUCUGGAGAGCACAGGUUGUAGCCACCACAGUGAUGCUGGAGAGGAAAAUGCCCCGUUUCCUGUGGCCUCGCUCUGGUAUCUGUGGUUGCGAAUAUGGCCUGGGAGACCGCUGGUUCUUACGGGUUGAACACCACCAGGAGCAGAAUCCGUAUCGAGUACUUCGCUAUGUGGAAGCUUUCAAAUCUUCAGACAAGGAGGAAGUACAAGAACAACUAUCUGAGAAGCAGCCUUCUGGGACUGAGACUGGGACUUUAGCUAGAGGCUCUGUGGUUCUGCAAACGCCUCCUUUGUCCAGGACUACAUCCCUAAGCAGCAAUAGCCACCGUGGAUGGGAAAUUCUCCGUCGAAACACCCUGGGACAUUUGAAUCUUGGACAAGACCUUGGUGAGGGAGACGGAGAGGAGAUCUACCAUUUCUGAAGAGAAUUCUGUUUCUCUAGACCUAGCCCCAGGUGGGCCAGGGUGUAGAAGAGAAAGGGGUAGUUAGGGGUGGGCAGGGAGAAGGAGAGAGCUGAUUUGCAAGAAUCUGAAUUCUAUGGUUAUGAAUAGUUGGAGGGUAUGGGCAGUGGCCAUCUUGUGUUGUAUGUACCUUAUAAGUUCCUCUAAAGCUCAUUUCCUGAGAACCAGGCAUCUGAGCAUAUGAAAUGGAGGCUAAUUGUCAUCUUGGGUUGACAUCUAGACCAUCUAUUUUGUGCCUUGAAUAGAACCAGAAAGCAGUAAGUCAGGAAACUUGCCCGAUUCUAUAACGUAUAAUGUGGAAAGAACCAUCAUACCAUGAACAUCCUUCCCAUCUCUUUAGACUUCCUAGGACUCUCUUCCCAGCUAGCAAAUCCCAAUGUAGAAAACUACAGGAAAAAAAUAUUUCCUUAUCCUGUUUUAAUUUUUCUCUUAUGUCAAAAAAAUAUACAUUACAUAAAACUUAUCAUUUUUACUAUUUUCAGUAUAAAGUACAUUCAGAUUAUUGUAUAAAUAUCACUAGUAUUCAUCUACAAAAGGUUUUCAUCUCAGACACCAAAACUCCUGUCCACCAAUAACUCUCUACUAUUCCUUCUCGUUAGUCCUCAAUAACCAUUAUUUUACUUCCUGACUAUGAAUUGAUUGUAGGUGCUUUAUUUAAAAACCGACUGGAAAAGACAUGAUCCGUUGCACUUGCCUUGUUUUGUUUAAUAUAGUAGUUUCAAGGUUUCUUCUAUUCUCUAGAGGUAUCAGAAUUUCAUUUCUCUUUAAGUCUGAAUAUCUACACCUUACUUCAUUCAUCCAUCUAUCAAUGAGUUUUCUUAUCUUCUGUUUACUGUGAACAUUGCUGCUAUGAAAAUAAAGUGUGCAUGUCUAUAGAGGCCCUUGUCUCUAAUUCUUUGCUGUUGUAGAAGAAUCAUAUGCCUAGAAAUUGAACUGAUGUAUUGCAUGACAGCCCCAUGUUUAAUACUUUAGAUAAACUACCAUAAUGUUUCCAUAGUAGCCUUCAGCAUUUUAUAGCUUCUGCUAGUGGGUAUGAAAUGCUAUCUCAUUGUAGUUUUGAUUUGCCUUUCCCUAAAGACUAAGGAUAUUGAGUCUCUUUUCAUGCUAUUAUUUAUGGACUAAUUUUUAUCACUGCACUGCCUUCUGGUUUUCAGAGGCUGAGUCUGAGGUGCUAGUAUCUCCUUUGAAUCCUAAUGUACUUUAUAAUUGGUGAGGCAUAUUUUUCUUUGUUUAAAUGGCUCGAUCAUUUUUUUCUAUAGGACCGUCUAUUCUUUAGGUUCUACUUUGCAAGUUAUCCUCUUUGAUGCUGAAAGCAUAGGUUCCUGUUUUUAUCUUGAGACUGCCAUACUCCACACCCUUCUCUCAUCACCUCAGUCAGAGAGUCAAACAUGCUGUUGCUGUUGGCAAAGCAAAGAAAUAAGUAAGGUCUGGGAAGUUUUAGACAGGUGCAUUCCAAUACAAAUAUUCAAAGCUGUAUGCCAAUAGUAAACUAUCACAAAAAAUGUUCACAGACCUCUGUUGGUAUGAAACUUAACAGGGCUGAGUUACGAUUAAGUUUUAUUUUCUUUCAUAGUGGAAGCCCUUCCAUCUUAUGUAUAGUUAAACUUCAUCUGUGUUUUAGACUGUCCAAGAUCUAGUUCCUUCUGCAUUUUCAGAUGCCAGGGAUGUACCUAUCUCUGCUUCUUCUGACCUUUCUCAUUUGUGACAUCUCUAACCUCUCUUUCUCCAUCACCUUCGACAGCAAGGACGUUGUAUUAUUUAAACACCCUCCUUCAAAUCCAACUCCCUCCAACAGUUGCUGAACGCCCAUCACUUUUAUUCCCUCUUCAAAACGAAAUGUCUUAGGAGUCGAUUCCACUAUCUACUGGCUUCCCCUGAUUUCUCAGCCCUUUGUGAUUUGAUCUAGUUUUCUGUAUGCUACAGAUUCCACUCUUGUUAUCUCCCUAAAGAUAAACCUACUCAUUCAUCUCAGUUUUUGCUGAUCUCUAUAUAUUACAAAAGACUAUUCAACACUCUUCACUUUCCUACCAGUCCGGCUGAUUUUGCUUUACCACAACUUAUAAAAAUUUUGGUCUACAGGGCUUUUUCUUUCUUAUUACCUUACUUACUGCCAUAGAUCCCACACACGCGCUCAUGGUUUUGAAGGGUUUAUUUUCAUCUCACAUCUGUCUUCUGAGCUCCAGGCAUGAACAACUUAGAUGUCCCACUGUUAGACUUGUUCUACUGUGAUGUUUUAUAGACACCUAGAGCUCAGGUUUUACUCAUCAUCAAACUUGCAUCUCUAUCCAUAUCCUCAACCAUGUUAAAUGUCAGAGUAACAGGCAAGAUUUCCUAAACCACAGUUCUGGGAAUCAUCCUUAAUACUCGGUCUCAACCCUCAUAUCAAGGACGUUCAAGACCAAUGGAUAGACAGCCCAUUACUUAUCGUUAAAGUAAACUAAUUCUGAUUAAGCACACAAAAAA